UCUUGAUAAGCUUUAAAAAACAAUCCAUUGCAGAAAGUCGGUCAACUAUGAAAUCUGGACACAUGGGGAACUUGUCCCAUUUGUGUUUUUCUUUUUCCUGUAUAGCUACAAUUAUGAGUAGAAUACAAUUUCUUUUUGGGUUUUUUAUUUUUCCCCGCUGCAACUGGUCACCAUCUUCCUAAAACAUAUAUUCCCACUUUUGGUACCAUUCUGACAAAUUAAAAGAUAAUUUUUUGGUUGGAAGUGUUUCUUCAAAAAUUUUUGUGGCUAAUUAAGGACACCAAAAAAAGUCAACAUGACGGGAAAAGAUAUCCUUCACAGAAUGAAGGUGAGUUCUAUUGCUGAUUCUUAAUUGUGUUCAUGUGUUGAUUAUUGUAUUUGCAUCUUUUCGUUAAGUUCUCCAGUCAGUUUUUAGUGUUGAUCAUUUAAUUGCCAGGAUAGAUAACUUGUUGUAUUGAAUUAGAAGUAUUUGAUUUGUCUGCUCAAAGACUUCAACUUUGGCAACUUUGGAACGAACUUCUGAUAUGAUUAGAAUCAUUAAUUAGCAUUAGUGAGUAGUAAGAUUAUGAGAGAAUGAAUUCAGAUACUCUGCAUCAGAGAUAUUGGAAAUGGCCAGAUGAUAUAUUGGAAACGGCCAGAUGAUAGUUUGUCAAGAUUUGAUAUGUUUCUACCCAAAGGAUACUGUAUAGAAUUGUUAAUUUCUGCAAUCCAAUUGAAUCAAAACAUUAAGUGACAAAAUAGAAUGUGAUUCGCCCAGUUCCAGGGACUUUUUGUUCACAGAGGAAACCUUGGAGUUUAGGGAGAUGGAACCUGUUUCUCUUAGGACCUGAACUGAUUGCUGGGCUGACAGUAUAUCCUCCCCAUGUUCAAUGCUAAGAUGAUAGAGUUUUGGAUACUAAGUUACUAAUUACUCCCUUCGUCCCAAAAUUAUUCUUCAAUUUAGAUAUUCACUCUUAAUUGAAAUUGUACUAAAAAUGAAAUUUCAAACUAUAAUUUUGAAAUAGAGAGAAUACUUAGAAGACACCCAUAAAAGCUGGAAUUGUGAAACUCUGUAGUCUGUACACAUGGGAAUAUACUUGGUAAGUUUUGAAUGUUUUGAAAUUUCACAUAGAGGUGAAAGACUUUUUCAGGUAGUCUUCAUAAAUUAAUCUGAAAGGAAACUUUUAGUUUCCUUUUGUACACAUACCACACCGAUGGAAUGAAUGAUAACUUAUGUAAUUUCUAUCAACAAUUCUCACUUGUUUAAGCCUAUAGAUUACAGAUUAUUACUUUUUGUUUUCACAAAAUUUUAGUUUUGAGAUAAGAUUCUUAAAUGUAGGCUCUUCAACCAUAUGUAUGUAUUCAUGUUAAUUAGUCUUUACAUAGACUCAUAUUCUUUUUUUUGUCUAUACUUUUUUGGUAAAAGGAAAAAACAUGCUUUUCGGCACCAAUGUCACCUGAUGCAGGGGGAGGGAAAAGCAAAACAAGACAUGUAUCUCAUGGAUCUUAUCUACUUAAAGGAAGAUCACCUCAUGCCAUGGAAGACUAUCUGGUUUCAGAAUUAAAACGAGUGCACCAUAAUGAGUUGGGUUUAUUUGCAAUCUUUGAUGGGCAUAUGGGACACGAUGUUGCAAAAUACCUCCAAGCCCAUCUUUUUGAUAACAUUUUGAAGGAGCAUGACUUUUGGACUAACAUAGAAGAUGCAAUAAAAAGAGCUUAUGAAGCAACUGAUAAGGUUAUUUUGGAGCAAUCAAUUAAACUAGGGAAAGGUGGUUCUACUGCAGUCACAGCAAUACUUAUAAAUGGUGAGAAGCUUGUAGUAGCAAAUGUUGGAGAUUCAAGAGCUAUUAUGAGCAAGAAAGGCGUGGCUGAGCAAUUGUCGGUUGAUCAUGAGCCAAGCAUGGAAAAGGAGAUAAUUGAAAGCAAGGGUGGUUUUGUUUCAAAAAUCCCAGGUGAUGUUCCUCGAGUUGAUGGACAAUUGGCUGUAGCAAGGGCUUUUGGUGACAAAAGUUUGAAGCGGCAUCUUAGUUCAGAACCUGAUAUAACAGUGAAGAUUAUUGACCACGACGUAGAGCUUAUUAUUUUGGCUAGUGAUGGAUUGUGGAAGGUAAUGUCAAACCAAGAGGCAAUUGAUUCCAUCAAGAACAUUAAAGAUCCUAACUCAGCAGCCAAAAUUCUGGUGGAGGAGGCUGUCUCUAGGAAAAGCAGGGAUGAUAUUUCUUGUAUAGUUGUAAGGUUUUCAUGA